AUGCAGAAGUCGCGAAAGCCAGGGAGGACAGCUGGCAUUCCUCAUGAUAAACUACCACAGCUGCCAUCCCUGCAGGAGAUUGAGCGGGAGGUCAAGGCAGUACGCGAGCUGCAUGCAGCGGAACAGGCCAGAGCUCGCAAGGCGUCUGAGGUCAGGAGCCUCGAGCAGCAGCUGGAAGAGGUCCAGCAGCAGAAGAACUCGGCCAAAUCAGCACAGCGUGAACGAGCUGGGGCGGAUCUUGGCUCUUUGCUGGACUCUCUGGGGCAGCGAAUGAUGCGGGCACACUCCCGCUGGGCAUUGCAUCACCUAAGCGACGGCAGCAAGAUGCUGAAGAGGAAGGGUAAGAUUGUUUUCAGCGCGCACUGCGCGUUCGUCUUGUCGGCGUGUGCCCAUGCUUGGCGUGAAGCAGCUUCAUCUGCUAUUGCAGAUCGUCAGGCUGCACAGCACCUAGAAGUCAUGCAGCGAGCGCGGCAGCAGGCUUUGCUGGCAGAUGCUCACUGCAAGAGGCGCUUGGCUUGCCGAAGCUGGCUUGCGUGGCGACUCGAAGUCCAUCACACGCACACUGACAGAUCGAAGCGAGUAUCUGCAACAGCGACGGCUUUCCUUGCCGCCUUGCCCAGUGCAGAAACUUCUGAUCACGUGCACAUCUCUGAUCCAGUGCAGGUGCAAGUGGCCCCGGACUCCGUGGACAUGGAUGCGGCAGAGCAUGUCGGAACAUCCCAGAGUGCACAAGCAGUGAUCUCGACUCACGUCGAAGAUGCCCCGACAGCAGAGACCAGCCCGACCGAGACUAAGACGCCAGCAGAGCAGACCAAAUCAGAGGUACAAGCUUGCAACUCCCGCGAGGCACGACCUGCUUCUCGAUCACGGGAGCUGCGUGCAAUAGACAGGCGUGUGCAAGAGAGACGGAAAGCACAGGAAGAAAGGCGGCAGCAACGACAAAGGAGACAGGCCGAAGAAGUUCAGCAAGACUGCGUGGACGGUGACAGGUACCAUCGGGCAAGUCCCGACCCUGCGAGACGUCAACAGGCCUCAUCAUCAUCAGAGGGGGCGCAGGUGUCUGCACAUCCAGAUGCCCAACAAGAGGGCUGUGGUCCAAGCCUUCCCCUUGUGGCCAGCAGCGGCCACGCCAGGCCAAAGGCCUUGCGCGAGAUGGAGAAGAGGGCGGAGGAGAGACGCCUUAUCCACGAGGAGCGGAAGAAACGCCAGAAGGAGAAGGAGGAGGAACAAAAGCAGAAGCAAGCUGAGGAGGAACAGGAGAAGCGCCUGGCAGAGGAGCAGGCCAAGCAGGAGCGCCUGCGCUUGCGCAAAGAGCAAGCCCAGGAGCAGCGACGCCUUCGGGCACAGCGGCUUGUCGCAGCCGCAAUCAGAAGAGAUCGUGAUCGUCAGGCUGUGGAACUCUACAAGCUUCAUCAAUACAUUCGGGUUUGGUGCGCUUUGCGCCAGGCCGUCAGUCAUACGGCCUUUUGGGACCUGCUCGCCUUGAACCGGAGGCGGACAGCUUUGCUGAAGAGCUGCUUCACAAGCUGGCAUCGAUAUCGUUUGCACGCUGCAUCAGCGAAGUCAGCCGCACGACUUGCCCGAGCUCAUUUGGCGGUGACCUGGUUUGCACGGCGCUUUGCCUUUCGAACGCUCGUGUUGUGGCUGAAGAAACUGCAACUGGCCAAGCUCCGGCAGUAUUGGGCAGCAGUUGCGGCUUCGCGGCGGUGGUGUCUCUGCCUUUGGCUGAGAUGCUGGGCACAAUGCUCUGCAGAGUCGGCUUUGCAAAAGACAGCCACCGCUGUGCAACAGCAUGUGCAGCUUUUGCUGAGAAGAAGCUUCUCUUGGUGGCAGACUGGUCUCAAGCAGCUACGCGUGGAAAAUGCCAUGGAGUCUCACAAGAGCGCUCUGCGAGACAGAAUUUCCAGUUGGUUGCAGGAGAUGGAGGACGAAGCGCCAAACAGCCUUGGAAGUCUCCAAAUGCCGAAUUUUCAACUCUUGGCUUUGCAGGGAGAAAAUAGCCGUGUCUUGCCGGGAGCAGGUUUGCCACAGAUGCGAUGUGAAUUCUUUUGCGUCACAACCAGUGCUCGCAAGAGCAGGUGGGCUCAAUGGCGGCGUUGCCAGAAGAAGCACUUCCGGCAUCAGCAAGGCAGCAACAAGUUGAGGCCCAACCCCUGCUAUGCCGACGAACAUGGAGCCAUGAAUCGGCUGGUCAUGCGGCGUUCGGGCUUGCUGCAGCGCAGAGAAGUUCAUCAAUACAAGGUCAGCUACGUCUCUGGCCGCUUGGCGUCUUUCCCUGUGCGCUUGCACCGGUACUACAAGCAGCGCUAUACGCUCUUCUCCAGGUACGACCGUGGCAUCGAAAUUGACAAGGAUAUGUGGUAUUCGGUAACACCAGAGCCGAUUGCCAAAGAGCAGGCUCGAAAGGUGGCAGCUGCGCAGAGAGGCGGGAAGUGGGCUCGAGAUGGGCACAUCGCCCGAGGCCAGCCCGGCAUCGUUGUUGACAGCUUCUGUGGUGCUGGUGGGAACAGCAUCCAGUUUGCGCGGUCAGUGGCUCAACAAGGUGGCUUCGUUCUUUGCGUUGACUGGCAUCGCAGCAGACUUUGCAGCGUGCGACACAACAGUCGCAUCUAUGGUGUUGGACGGCGCAUCGAGCUUUUGCAAGCGGACUCCCGUGACCUGCAUCGUGUCCUCCGGCCUGCAGUCAGCGGCGUGUUCCUUUCACCUCCUUGGGCGGACCAGGGCUUGCUGCCACGAGGGCAGGCCGAGCUGGGCUUCUCGCUGCGAAGUUUGGGCCAUGGCCUCGACGCUGCCGAGCUGCUGGUGGACGCGCUAAAGCUGGGGCGUGGUGCAGCUCUCUUCCUGCCACGUGUGACAUCAAGCGCCGAGGUACAGGGACUGGCUGUGCUGGCCAAGUCCAACGUUCUCGUCCAGGCGAGGCUCAACGAUAAAACAUCAAAGGACUUGCCAGUCACACAUCUUUACCUGGACUUUACCUUAAGAGAUGAUGUGCAGCCUUCAAUGCCUAUAAGAAACGUGCGUAGAGUUUGGCGAGAGUUGCCUAUGAAGCAUAGAUACACGGGCGAGCGCCACAUCGGUCUGGUUCGAGCUUUGAUCGCCAUGGCCCCGAAGAAGGGCAAGGCAGCGACGAAGACGAAAGAAGGCAAAGAUCUGGCUUGGGUGCAGAAGCAGCUGGAGAAAAUCUCGGCUCAGCUCUCUGCGGGACCUCCGUGGCUUUCAGAGCCACACUCCUGGCAUCAGGAGCAGCUGCGGGAGCUUCAAACUCGUCUGGAGGAAGGCGGCCUUGAGAGCCUUCCUAGCGAACUGCGGGAAGGCGUCGAGUUCUACCUCUCUCAGUUCGAGGACGGACAGUCGGUGUCGGAGGAGGAGUUCUACCUCGACCAGGAGCUCUAUUGCGAGCUGCAGCCGAAAGCCCCGGAGCCCGAGCAGCCUUACAGCAGGGCGUCGGCAUCAGAGGCCGAGCUGAAGGUUUGCGAAGAGCUGAAAAGCUGGACGGACACCACUCCCCACGGUCUGAGCAAGCUCCAGAAGCUACUGGAGAAGCACAGCCACUGUGCAGAAGUCCAGGAAGUCGGGCUGACUCGUUUGGGUGGACUGCUGGCCGAGGUGAAGGCAGGGGGCAGCGCAGUGCCCUCUGGUUCUGGAUUCAGCCCUGCAUCGGUGUGUCCGGUCGUGCUGGAGGCUGGUCAGCCUGUCCGAAAACUUCUACAAGCGGGUGUCUGGCUGUUAAGUUCUUGCUUUGGGAUUGCAGCUGGCAAGGCCAUGACCCGCUUUCCUCGCGAUGCCGGCGUCCAACGAGUCGCAUGCAGUGUGCUGAGAGGCUUGCUACGGCCUGAGCAGACGAAGCUGAUUGCAGAUGCGUUCCCAGACUUGGCAUCCAUGGCAGGCAUCGUCGUGACCGACGGUGGCUGCACAGUAGUAGCGGAUGCUGGCGGAGCUGCGCGGGCGGUGGAUGCCAUGAAAGCCCACCUGGUCGACCCGGAGGUGUGCCGCAUGGGUGCAGCAGUUCUCUACGCCGCUGGGCUGAGUGGCGACAGCUUCCUUGCACUUGGCCAGUGCCGCCUGAGAGACAUUGAGGCAAUGGUCCAGAAAACAGACCCGGCUUCCCCCGAAAGGCUGAUGAUGCGCACGACAAAGGCCCACCAGGUACUUGCCGAGGCUCUGCAGUACCACCCGACAGACCGAGCGCUCGACCGAGCGUGUCGCGUGACCAUGCCAGAGUUGAAAGGCUGA